AUGGCAGCCAAGACAUUAGCGCUGCUCCCGUUGGCCGGUCUGGCAGCCUGGAGCGGCAACGCGAAGCUCAUGCGUAUGCGUCACCAGGUACGCGCACUUCCAGGUGGAGAAGCGCUUGAUUUUAUCCCUGGCUCAAUGGACGAUACCAUAAUGGAAACCCUAGAGACGGGCGAUCUCGUUUUCUUUCAGCGCAAACUUACGGCCAUGCAGCCUCUAGCAGCGCUGCAUACGUGGAUUACUCGAGUGCGGCUGCGGCCACGCUUCGACCACUGUGGAUGGGUCUACGUAGACCGUUUGGGACGUAAGUUUAUUGUGGAGGAGACGCUGCAAAAGGUGCAAUGUCGUCCAUAUAGCGCCCGCCUACUAACGUCCGAAGCCACGGAAAUCUCCGUGUUACAACUAAAACUCGAGCGCUCUAAGGAAAUGCAAGAGGCUGCUAGCUCUUUUAUCACCGAGAAUGUGGGACGAAUGAGUCGGAUCUCGUUGCGUCACACAGUAUCUGCGUUAAUUAGCCCGGACGCAAUGCGUAAGACAAGCCCUGACGCAACACCUUCGUUCCCAAGUGCAGCUUUUGUGGCCGAGGCGUACGAUACGAUGGGGCUGGUGAGCAAGAACCAGAUCACCACCAGCCAACCAUCACUACCAGCUACUGCCAUCACUCCGCGCCACUUGGCAGAAAGUAAAGUCACAUUGCAGGUGCCGCCGGAAAAGCGAUUUGACGGAGCCAAAGCACCAGCUUUUGGCCGCUUGCUCCCGAUCAGACUCGAGUAA